UCCUGCAUGCUGUGCACUGUGUACCAACGUACUGUCUAUCCGCAACACCUGCACCGUACUUUUUUAUUAUUUUUGUCAAAUAUAUUACAUUCGUAAAAGAAAUAUAAAUAUGGCUGCUUAUAUCAAUCGUGCAAUGGUACAAUCGUCCAUGAUUGGAGCAGACAGUCAACUUCGAUCAGAUGUUAGAAAUGAUAAUUCUCCUCUACAGAUUUUCGUUAAGGCAAAGAAAAGGAUAAAUGAUAUAUUUGUGGAUAUUGAAAAAUAUGUGGAAGAAACCGUGGAGUUUAUGACAUCAUUACAAAAUGAUCGGGAUAUUGUAACAGUAGAAGAAGCAAUAAAAGUUAAAGCUUAUAUAGAUAAAAUACGAGCGAUAAAAGAUGUUCUUAAAAGAGAUCACAUGAAAGUUGCUUUCUUUGGCAGAACAAGUAAUGGGAAAAGUACUGUAAUUAAUGCCAUGCUACAUGAUAAAAUUUUGCCAAGUGGCAUAGGACAUACUACGAAUUGUUUCUUACAAGUUGAAGGUUCAGAUAAUGGAGAAUCAUAUCUUAUUACGGAAGGAUCUACUGAAAAACAACCAGUUCAAUCCGUUGGACAAUUGGGUCAUGCUCUUUGUAAAGAGAAAUUAUGUGAAAGCCAUUUAGUUAGAAUAUUUUGGCCAAAAGAAAAAUGCCUAUUGUUACGAGAUGAUGUAGUAUUUGUUGAUAGUCCAGGAGUAGAUGUAACUCCAAACCUUGAUGAAUGGAUCGAUAAGCAUUGUUUGGAUGCAGAUGUUUUUGUCUUGGUAGCAAAUGCAGAAUCUACCAUAAUGGUCACUGAAAAAAAUUUUUUUCAUAAAGUUUCAACAAAGCUAUCAAAACCGAAUAUAUUUAUUUUAAAUAAUCGAUGGGAUGCCUCUGCUUCUGAACCAGAAUAUUUUGAUCAGGUACGUAUUUAUAAAGCAUUAAUUAUAGAAAAUUAAGUGUUUCAUGGAUAAUUACAAAUAUACU